CGCCCGGAAACGCGCCGGCGGCAGGCCGGGCGCGCGAGGCGCACAGAGCGGGCGACGGGUCCCGCGCCAGCCCGGAGGGAGCAUAGUGCAGCCUCACCGGGUCCUGCCUGAGCAGGCCUGCCUGGCAGGCUGGGACAUGCCUGGCCCCCAAGGCCUGCUGGUGGGCUAUGGCUGCGGUGGAGGAGGAGCUGGAGCCGCAGGUGUCUGCUGCAGGAGAUGCUGCAGACACUGUGGAUGCGGGUCCUGGGGUGCCCCUUCUCCUGGCCGGGAACCGGCUGAGCUUGGACCUGCACCCUUGGGGCUGCCGCCGGCUGCUGCGCCUGUGUGCCCAGAGGACCCCUCAGCUGCAGGAGGUGGAGUUCCUGCAGCUAAGCGGCCACGAAGACCCUGGGCUGCUGGAGGCCACCCUGGCUAGGGUGCCAGAGAACCUGCCGCACCUCCGGUCCCUGGUCAUCAAAGGUGGGCAACACUGGGACGAGCAGGGUGCCUGCGUUCGGGGCUCUCUGACCACGCUGCCUGCCAGCCUGAGUAGCCUGGCUCGCUUGGUCCACCUGGAUCUGAGCUUCAACAGCCUGGAGACGCUGCCGGCCUGCGUCACACAGAUGAGUGGCCUGGACGCCCUGCUGCUCUCUCACAACUGCCUCUCAGAGCUCCCUGCGACUCUGGGGGCCCUCUCCGCCCUCACCUUCCUUUCUGCGACCCACAACCGCCUACCAGCGCUGCCCCCUGCGCUGGGAGCCCUCCGUGCCCUGCAGCGCCUCGAUCUCUCCGAGAAUCUCCUGGACACUCUGCCUGUGGAGAUCGGAAGUCUGCUCAGCCUCGAGGAGCUCAAUCUGGCCUCCAACCGGCUGCAGAGCCUCCCGGCCUCCCUGGCGGAGCUGCGUUCCUUGCGGUUCCUCGUUCUGCACAGCAACCUCCUGGCCUCGGUGCCGGCUGGCCUGGCCCACCUCCCCCUCCUUGCCCGGCUGGACCUGAGGGACAACCAGCUCCGGGACGUGCCCCCUGAGCUGCUAGACGCCCCCUUUGUGCGCCUGCAGGGGAACCCCCUGGGGGAGCCCCUGACAGACUCCUGCAGCCCCCCAGGGUUACCUGUGGCCCCGGAAAUGCCUAGGCUGUUCCUGACUUCAGAUUUCGACAGCUUCCUUGUGACCCCGCACGGCUGUUCUGUGACCCUGGCCUGCGGCGUCCGCCUGCAGUUCCCAGCUGGGGCCACCCCUCGCUCUGUCACCAUCCGCUAUCGCCUGUGGCUGCCGGAGCCGCGCCUCGUCCCCCUGGGUCCCCACGACUCUCUGCUCAGUGGCGUCCUGGAGCUGCAGCCCCACGGGGUGGCCUUCCAGCAGGCACGGCCAGAGUGGGUCCGGGCAAGUGCAAAGGGCCCCCCGGCCAGGCCCAGAGCUGACCCCGCCCUGGCCCAGCAGGAGGUGGGCCUGUGGCUGCUGUUUGUGCCCCCGAAGUUCCAGCGCUGCCGGGAGGUGGUGGUCAGGACCUGGAGCCAUGACAACUGGAGUGACCUGGAGACCCACCUGCACGAAGAAACCCCAAAGCGGCUCUGGGCCCACUGCCAGGUGCCCCACUUCUCGUGGUUCCUCGUGGUCUCACGCCCCGUGUGCAACGCCUGCCUGGUGCCACCAGAGGGGACGUUGCUGUGGUCCUCAGGGCAUCCUGGGGUCAAGGUCACAUUCCCUCCCGGAGCCACCAAGGAGCCCCGUCAGGUCUGCAUGCAGGUGGUGCGGACGGUGGGCCGAGAGCUGCGGGCCCUGCUGGAGGAGCCCGAGGCAGCUGCGAGUCCCCUGCUGUGCCUCUCCCAGAGCGGCCCCUCCAGCUUCCUCCGGCCGGUCACUGUGCAGCUCCCUCUGCCCCCCGGCGUCACAGGCCUGAGUCUGGACCGCGCCCGCCUGCACCUGCUCUACCGGGCCCCACCGGCGGCCACCUGGGACGACAUCACAGCUCAGGUGGCGCUGGAGCUCACCCACCUAUACGCUCGCUUCCAGGUCACGCACUUCUCCUGGUACUGGCUCUGGUACACCACCAAGGCCUGCGUGGGGGGCCUGGCGCAGAAGGCCUGGCAGCGGCUGCGGCUGCACCGUGUGAACCUCAUCGCGCUGCAGAGGCGCCGGGACCCCGAGCAGGUCCUGCUGCAGUGCCUACCCGGCAACAAGGUGGAUGCCACCCUGCGGCGGCUGCUGGAGCGGUACCGGGGCCCCGAGCCCUCCGACACCGUGGAGAUGUUCGAAGGCGAGAAAUUCUUUGCCGCCUUUGAGAGAGGCAUCGACGUGGAUGCCGACCGCCCAGACUGCGUGCAGGGCAGAGUGUGCUUCGUGUUCUACUCGCACCUGAAGAACGUGAAGGAGGUGUACGUGACCACCACCCUGGACCGGCAGGCGCAGGCCGUGAGGGGCCAGGUGUCCUUCUACCGGGGAGCCGUGCCCGAGGAGGUGCCUGAGGAGGCCGAGGCAGCCCGGCUGAGGAAGGGCGCGGACGCCCUGUGGAUGGCCACUCUGCCCAUCAAGCUGCCGAGACUGCACAGGUCCGAGGGCCCACCCCAGGGGGCCGGCCUUGCCCUGGCCCCUCUGAACCUGGGCGAUGCAGAGACGGGCUUCCUGACCCAGAGCAACCUGCUGAACCUGGCCGGGCGCCUGGGCCCUGACUGGCCGGCUGUGGCCCUGCACCUGGGCCUGUCCUACCAGGAGCUGCAGCGCAUCCGACAUGAGUUCCGGUCCGACCUGGACGGGCAGAUCCGCCACAUGCUCUUCUCCUGGGCUGAGCGCCAGGCUGGACAGCCGGGGGCCGUGGGGCUCCUGGUGCAGGCCCUGGAGCAGAGUGACCGGAGGGAUGUGGCCGAAGAGGUGCGGGCUAUCUUGGAGCUUGGCCGCCACAAGUAUCAGGAUGGCAUCCGUCGCACAAGCCUGGCCCCCAGGGACCUGGCCCCACCUGGGCCUUGCACCCCACAGACCCCGGAGCCUGCACAGGCCUAGACAGACCCUGCCGGCCUGGGGCUGGCCGGCCCUGUGUCCUGGUUGGUGCUCCGAGGUCCCCACUUUUAAGCCUUCCUCAUGUGUGGGGACAGUGACCUGUGUGUAACAAACAUGACUCUGUUCUGGC